GAAAGAAACAAACGCCUGAAAAUGAAACCAUUUGGAAUUAUCCUAGGAUUGACCCUAUUGGUCACAUAUGUUCACUCCGUUCCAUUGGACACCAUUGAAUGUCCUGAAAAGUAUGGCGUUCAAGCCUAUGCUCACACUGAAAAUUGCGAUCAAUUCUUCUUGUGCACCAAUGGCACUUUGACUUUGGAGACCUGUGAAAAUGGUUUGUUGUUCGAUGGUAAAGGUGCCGUUCACAAUCAUUGCAACUAUAACUGGGCCGUUGAUUGCAAGGGCCGUCAAUGGGAUCCUACUCCUAUUUCUACCCCUGGCUGUGAAUAUCAAUUCGGCAUUUAUCCCGUAUCGAAGGAAUGUUCGACAACUUACAUUAAGUGUGCCUUUGGAGAACCCAUUGAACAGGAGUGUGAUGCCGGUCUGGCCUAUGAUGAACGUAUCCACGGUUGCAAUUGGCCAGAUCAACUUUUGGACACAUGCAAUCCUGAAGCUGUUGUUGGUUUCAAAUGCCCCACUAAAGUUGAUGGUCCCGCCGCUCGUUUCUGGCCAUUCCCACGUUUCCCAGUACCCGGUGACUGUCACCGUUUGAUUACUUGCGUUGAGGGACAUCCACGUUUGAUCACCUGCGGUGAAGAUAAGGUCUUCGAUGAAACUACCCUUACCUGUGAGGAUCCCGAAGAAGCCCAUUCGAAAUGUGGCAGUUAUGGCAAAUAA